AUGUACUGUAUCAGCGCUAAUCCGCUACAUUGAGGCAUGCGCUCGUUUCACUGGUAGAAAGUCAGGUAUUAUUUGGCGCAAUAGUGGAUUGGCUGCAACGUUUUCAGCAACGUGGAUGCUCGGGCAUCUAAACCGUGAUGUAAAGUGGACAAUUUACGGAAGACAUCCACAAAAUGAAGACACGAGUGUGCCAUGGGGUUAUCGGCAUUAUCGUUAUUACCAUGGGUACCAUUCUUAUGGUUGUGUACAACAACAGCUUCACCGACACGUCAGAGUUUCACUCAGAGAAGCCCGGGAAAGCGCAGCCUAAACCACCAAGAGCCCUAUCAUCAACUCUAGAGGGCUACACUGGACUCAUCAAUCAACAGACAGAUGGAUUAAAACCUCUGAGGAUGCACUGUAACUGCUGUGCCCUGGUGUCCAGCUCGGGCCACCUUACUGGCAGCAACCGAGGAGACGAAAUUGACCGCACCGAAUGCGUCAUCCGCAUGAACAAUGCCCCGAAUGGAAACAAUUUCAAACAGGAUGUGGGCCGGCGCACUAGCCUGCGCGUCAUCGCCCACUCCAGCGUGCAGAGGGUGCUGCAGAGACGGCAGGAGCUGCUCAACACCAACCAGGACUCUGUCUUCCUCUUCUGGGGACCCACCAGCUCCAUGCGGCGCGACGGCAAGGGCAGGGUCUUCAACAACCUGCGUCUGAUCAACCAGCUGCUUCCCAAGCUCAAGGUCUACGUCAUCUCCCCCCUGAAGAUGCUGGAGUUUGACGAUCUCUUCAAAAAUGAAACUGGAAAAGACAGGAAGACCUCUAAAUCGUGGCUGACCACUGGCUGGUUCACCAUGGCCAUUGCCCUGGAACUGUGUGACAGGGUCAAUGUCUAUGGCAUGGUGGCUCCGGACUUCUGCAGUACUCCCUCUCAUCUCUCGGUGCCAUAUCAUUACUAUGAGCCCUCUGGCCCAGACGAGUGCUCCCUGUAUCUCUCCCACGAGCACAACCAGAGCGGCGGCCACCACAGCUUCAUCACGGAGAAAACGGUGUUCGCCAACUGGGCCCAGAAGUACGACAUCCACUUCUACCAGCCAGACUGGAGCCCGUCCUCCACUCUCAAUGGAAGCAGCUCACACACACCUGCUACAGCUGUCUCCUGAUACCAGAUAAACAGUCAGACAGACAGACAGAAAGGUCCACAGGACCAGUGGCGACCCAUCAUUCAGGGCAGGUGGGGAAGAGCACCACCUGUUUUGAGCCCCACCUGUUUAGCAAAAAAAGGAUUAUACAUUUUUUCCUCCCCCUGUUUGCAUCUUGUUUUGGAAUUAAUACGUGUCACAUAUCAGUUUCUAAACAAUGUAAAAAUAUAUAUAUAUAAUUGAGUUAAUAAAGUCGCAUACGAA